AUGCAGCUACUUGAACAUCAGAAGAUCUAUUAUUUGUUAGAAAUCAACAAGCCAAUGCACAGGAAUGAAGAACUGGCACAUAAGCAGAAAGUUACAGUCUACAAGAUAGCCGAAGUCAAACGAAUAUUGGUGUACUGUAGUGGCUUACUGGUAAUGAUAGGAGAACUUACUCCUCCAAGUGUCGCCUACAAUGAGGCGGCUUCAUCACCAAUGAAUAAUCAGAGCAGAAGGUCCACAUUCGAUGACGAUGCAUUUUUUUCGGCACCCAGAUCAAAAUCUGAAGCUCGCACUCGUCCAAUGUUAAGCCCUCAACAAAUUUUCAUCCGCCAAAUGAGGGUGUCGAUUUUUGUUGGGCUUAUCUGUGCUUUUACGUUUGUUCUUUCAUUGGUUGCCCUUCAGUUCUCAGUGCCAUCAAUUUUUCGAUUUUUUGGUGAUGCCAUUUCCACAGUUUUUGCUGUCUCAACUUGGGUGUCUGCAAUAAUAGUUGGUCUUCUUUCAUUUGGGAUGAGUUGGGCUUUACUCAAUUUGCUUGUGAAAGGUGGGUCGACACUGCCAUUUAAUGUAUGUUCAUUUGUUCAUUCGGGCCUUUCUAGCUGAAC